GAGUCCCUCAUUUUGUAUAGCAGUGCUCUUAAAGUUCUGUUGAUUGUGUGUGUGUGUGUGUGUGUGUAGCAUCAUAUUUUAAAUGUUUUCAGUAAGUUUGUGGUUUUUAAAUAAAGGGUUAAUCUUUGUUGUAUAAAUGAUCUUUUAAGUUUUAGUUUUGUAUUGGAUUAUUUUAAAAGGACGCAUUUAUAUUUUCUUUAGCUGAGUUGAUGGCUUCUGGAGAACUGGCAUAGCUGCAGAAUAUGAGUAGUUCCCCAAGAAGAGUGCUUUGCCUUUGGCACAAGGAUCAGAAUAAAGGUGAAUUGUUAUUACAUAGGGUUUUUCAGUAAGUCACUGAAAAUUAUUUGAUGUACAGUAAAUAGAGCCUUGAACUAGGGACCCUCAGACUGUAUCCUGCCUGCAGAACCUGUCAGGUGAAAGUAUUUUUUCUUUUUAAUUGGGCUAGAAGCAAUUUAUUUUUAAAGAAAGUAUGUCUUCCCUGAAGAUACAUGGUCCUAUCAGAAUUCGAAGUAUGCAGACUGGGAUUACAAAGUGGAAAGAAGGAUCCUUUGAAAUUGUGGAAAAAGAGAAUAAAGUCAGCCUAGUGGUUCACUACAAUACUGGAGGAAUUCCAAGGAUAUUUCAGCUAACUCAUAACAUUAAAAAUGUGGUACUUCGACCCAGUGGAGCAAAACAAAGCCGCCUAAUGUUAACUCUACAAGAUAACAGCUUCUUGUCCAUUGACAAAGUACCAAGUAAAGAUGCAGAGGAAAUGAGGUUGUUUCUAGAUGCAGUCCAUCAAAACAGACUUCAUGCAGCAAUGAAACCUCAGGGGUCUGGUAGUUUUGGAGCUAUUCUGGGCAGCAGGACCUCACAGAAGGAAACCAACAGACAGCUUUCUUACUCAGACAAUCAGGCCUCUUCAAAAAGGGGAAGUUUGGAAACUAAAGAUGAUAUUCCAUUUCGAAAAGUUCUUGGUAACCCAAGUAGAGGAUCUAUUAAGACUACAGCAGGAAGUGGAAUACCUGUCACCCGGACAAUUCCUUCUUUGACAUCUACAUCAACACCUCUUAGAUCAGGGUUAUUAGAAAAUAGGACUGAAAAGAGGAAAAGAAUGCUGUCAUCUGGCUCAGAGUUGAAUGAAGAUUACCCGAAGGAAAAUGAUUCAUCAUCGAACAACAAGGCUAUGACAGAUCCCUCAAGAAAGUAUUUAACCAGCAGUAGAGAGAAACAGCUGAGUUUGAAGCAGUCAGAAGAGAAUAGGACAUCAGGACUUUUACCUUUGCAGUCAUCAUCCUUCUAUGGUAGCAGAGCUGGAUCCAAAGACUACUCUUCAGGCAGCACUAAUGUAGACAGGACUAAUGUUUCAAGCCAGACUCCCUCUGCCAAAAGAAGUUUGGGAUUUCUUCCUCAGCCAGCCCCUCUUUCUGUUAAGAAACUGAGGUAUAACCAGGAUUAUACUGGCUGGAACAAACCAAGAGUACCCCUUUCCUCUCACCCACAGCAACAACUACAGGGCUUCUCCAAUUUGGGAAAUACUUGCUAUAUGAAUGCUAUUUUACAAUCUCUGUUUUCACUCCAGUCAUUUGCAAAUGAUUUGCUUAAGCAAGGUAUCCCAUGGAAGAAAAUUCCACUCAAUGCACUUCUCAGACGCUUUGCACACUUGCUUGUUAAAAAAGAUAUCUGUAAUUCAGAGACCAAAAAAGAUUUACUCAAGAAGGUCAAAAAUGCCAUUUCAGCUACAGCAGAGAGAUUCUCUGGUUAUAUGCAGAAUGAUGCCCAUGAAUUUUUAAGUCAGUGCUUAGAUCAGCUGAAAGAGGAUAUGGAAAAAUUAAAUAAAACUUGGAAGACUGAACCUGUUCCUGGAGAAGAAAAUUCACCAGAUGUUUCAGCCACCAGAAUAUAUACUUGUCCUGUUAUUACUAACUUGGAAUUCGAGGUUCAGCACUCUAUCAUUUGUAAAGCAUGUGGAGAGAUUAUUCCCAAAAGAGAACAGUUUAAUGACCUCUCCAUCGACCUUCCUCGAAGGAAAAAGCCACUUCCGCCUCGGUCAAUUCAAGAUUCUCUUGACCUUUUCUUUAGGGCAGAAGAACUCGAGUAUUCCUGUGAGAAGUGUGGGGGGAAAUGUGCUCUUGUCAGGCACAAAUUUAACAGGUUGCCCAGGGUCCUCAUUCUUCAUUUGAAACGAUAUAGCUUUAAUGUGGCUCUCUCACUUAACAACAAGAUUGGACAGCAAGUCAUCAUUCCAAGAUACCUGACCCUGUCAUCUCACUGCACUGAAAAUACAAAACCACCCUUUAACCUUGGUUGGAAUGCACACAUGACAGUUUCUAGACCAUUGAAAGCCUCUCAAAUGGUGAAUUCCUGCAUCACCAGCCCUUCUACACCUUCAAAGAAAUUUACCUUCAAAUCCAAGAGCUCCUCCCUGGCUUUAUGCCUUGAUUCAGAUAGUGAAGAUGAACUGAAACGCUCUGUGGCCCUCAGCCAGAGACUUUGUGAAGUGUCAGGUGGCGAGCAGCAGCAGGAAGACCUGGAAAAAGAUUCAAAAUUAUGCAGACUAGAGCCUGAUAAGUCCGAAUUGGAAAACUCAGGAUUUGAUGUAAUGAGUGAAGAAGAGCUUGUAGCAGCUGUCUUAGAGAUAAGUAAGAGGGAAACUUCACCAUCUCUGAGUCAUGAAGAUGAUGAUAAACCAACUAGCAGCCCAGAUACUGGAUUUGCAGAGGAUGAUAUUCAAGAAAUGCCUGAAAACCCAGAACCUAUGGAAACUGAGAAACCCAAAGCAAUCACAGAGCCAGAUUCUGCCAGUUUUACUGAGAUAACUAAAGACUGUGACGAGAAUAAAGAAAACAAAACUCCUGAAGGAUCUCAGGGAGAGGUUGAUUGGCUCCAGCAGUAUGAUAUGGAGCGUGAAAGGGAAGAGCAAGAGCUUCAGCAGGCAUUGGCACAGAGCCUUCAGGAGCAAGAGGCUUGGGAACAGAAAGAAGAUGAUGACAUCAAAAGAGCUACAGAGUUAAGUCUUCAAGAGUUUAACAACUCCUUUCUGGAUUCCCUGGGUUCUGAUGAGGACUCUGGAAAUGAGGAUGUUUUAGAUAUGGAAUACACAGAAGCCGAAGCUGAGGAACUCAAGAGAAAUGCUGAGACAGGAAAUCUUCCUCAUUCCUAUCGGCUCAUCAGUGUUGUCAGUCACAUUGGUAGCACUUCUUCUUCAGGUCAUUACAUUAGUGAUGUGUAUGACAUUAAGAAGCAGGCGUGGUUUACAUAUAAUGACCUAGAGGUAUCUAAAAUCCAAGAAGCUUCCGUGCAGAGUGAUCGAGAUCGGAGUGGUUACAUUUUCUUUUACAUGCACAAGGAGAUCUUUGAUGAGCUGCUGGAAACGGAAAAGAACUCUCAGGCACUUAACAUGGAAGCAGGGAAGACCACUCGUCAGGCCUCAUGAGGAACAAAUCCCUGGGUUGGCAGUAUGCACUGCGUAUUCUCUUACUGCCUCCCACCUCACCUUUCCUCUGCCCGAAAAGAAUUUGGAACUCUACUGGAUGCGGGAACAACACACAGCUCAGGGCCAACACAAAAGACGAAAAUUGCAAUUAUGCUGAAUGCUCCAUGCUGACUGUUUUAUGGAAACCUUGGUCUCACAUCUGUAGCAGAUUAUCUGUUUUUUCUCCUACAAGAGUGGCACUUCCUAUUGUCUUAGGAAUACAUGUUGUAAAUAUAUAUAUGUACAUCCACUCACAAACACACACACACACACAUAUAUGGAAUGAAUGGAGCCUUAAAGAGUUAGAAUGAGUCCGUUACCAGAGUAUGCCUGCUCAAAAUUAAUAGCACAGUAGUUUGGAGAAGAAAUGAAGGUGUCAGAGAGUCUUUUCGCCUGAGAAAUGUGUGAAGAUACACACAUACCAGUUGGCUUUUAGCUUUCAUGUUCCUUGAGUAGUUUCAUUCAGGUCUCUAAUCCUUCGUGUGUUUCUUGUUAGUUCAGUUCACUGGAAAGCCAACGCUCCGUGUUACACUAAUGACUGUUUGUCCUCAUUACAAGGGGGGGAUUUUCUGUCACCUGACUUGAGCUUUUUUUUUUUUUUAAUUAUUUUAUGGAUUUGUAAUGCCUUUGUUGUUUACAUGCAGUCUCCAAAAAUGGAUUGUUGGUGCUUUGGAAUGUGUUAUGGUCCCAUGUUUGGUGUUCAUUGUGCACUCUGCAUUUUUGUGAAGAGAUUCCCUCACACAGUGUGUUCAUCAUAUGUCAUCUAUAUUAUUAUUGUGGUGAAGAUAGAGUGUUAAUUUUCUUCUGUAUCGUUCUUCCAUGGAAUAGGCCCUACCCUAACAGGUUGUAACCAAAACAUUAAGAGGUAGGAGGAUAAUAUCCUAGUUGGUACUCCACAGCAGGUGUUCUUUGAAGGGACAGCAGGGGUGCUUAGGGAUAAGGAGGAAUGCUAAUAUCUCUGGCUCUCAAACAGAGAGGUCAAGAGGAGUGUUUUUGUGUUAAAGCUAAACCUCUGGACCAGUAAAGGUAACAGCCCCACAAGUGUGGAAUUAAGUAUGUGAGUUGUAGGAUAAAGCUUGAGCAUUUAACCAUUUGCUGUUUGGUUUUGCCCUUGAAACAGGGUGGAAAUUAAAAUGUGAUUCGUUGAGGUAAUCCUGAGAGCUAACAAAUAACAAAGGUGCAUAAUGUAUUUAUCUUACUUUUUAGGUGCUUUGAGUUGAGGCUAAAUGAGGGUACGACAUAAAGUACUGCAUGAGUCACUCGGCUGACAUAACCAGCUUGGUUGAGCAGCUUGUGAAGCCAUAUAAAGAAUGAGUUUGGGGGUGGAUUUCUGUCCACAAAAUAAUUUUGUGAGCCCAGAAAUCAGCUGGAUCUCACAGUUUAGUAUUUUCUUUUUUUUUUUUUACCUUUAUUGUCAAUGAGGUAGAUUACUCGUCAGUUCUGAGAUAGGAACAAAACCACAUCAGUUUUUCAGGGGGAGAAAAUAUUUUAAAAUCUGUUGGCACAGAGGAUACAACAUCUUUCCUGGUGGGUUUCCUUAAGAUACCUCUAGCCCCGCUCUAGAACUUGGAUAAGUUCUGACAUAGUAACCUAUUCUAAAAUUUAACAUCUAUGAAUUGUAUGUGGCCUCAGCAUUUUUGCUUAACUACUGAUAAAUGCUUUGCCUCUUUUCCAUCUACACACGUAUUACUAUAGCGAACGUUCCAAAUUGGUACAGUGGUAAAAUAGCAGGAAUAGUUUAGAACAAAGGGGAAUAUUUGUUUUAAAAACUAGCUUUUAAAUUUUGUUUCUUUCCCGCCAUGGAGCCUCUUUUUGUGUGUGUGUAUGUGUUUUUUGCUUGAAAAUAACUGGUUCCCUCAUAAAUGAGUGAAAUGGUGAUCAAAUUCUUUAGCUAUUUAUUAUUUCUCUUUUGUGUCCAUAUUCAAGAGCAUUGAGAGGCACCGUUAAAAAUUAUUGGGCAUGAUUAGAAGUGAGAGCUGCAUUAGGGCAUAAAGAAAAAUAGAAAUAAUGCCAUAAGCCUGAGUUGCCUCUUAAAGCAGCCUGUGGAAUUGCUUUGGUAGCUUGCAUGUGUGUACAGUUUAGAAGUACACUUGGCUCAGAAACCUGAUCUGAUUUGGGCUUCAUCUCUUGGGCAGGACUUUAGUUGAAAAUAGGUUACUGGGGUAUAUUGAGUUAUCCCACUGCUCAUAUACUCAGAUUUUUCUUGAUAUCUGUCCAUUGUGGCCUUGUAAGUCUUCCCCCUUUCCCUUCACUUCUUUAACUACCACUCCUUUCACUGCAAAGUUAUUUUGUCAUUUUAGUUCAGUGAAGGGUUAGUGACUACAAAUGGAGAUUUCAACUGGACUAUGUUGGUGAGGUUUGUUACUGUUUGGCUGUAUAUAUUUAAAAAUUAUAAAUAGAUAAUAUAUUCUUUUUUGCAAUGUGAUCAGUUUGUCCAGAAUCGGGGGAUGAGGCAGUUGGCAUGUUGGGGCCAGGAAGGGACAAGUUAGGUAGGAACAGUGCUUGAAGCCCAGGCAGUCUGCACAAUAACUCAUUAAUCUUCCCAUUGAAAAUACCAGAUGUGUGGUUACAUUACUUGAAAUGAUAGUGAAUUGGAACUUGACAGCACUUAGUUCUGCACACAACCUUUUGCUCUAAUUGGGAUUUUUUAGAAGAGAAACAUAAAGCAAAUAAAAUUCGAGAUUAUUUUUACCUAAUAUUAUGGACUUUUGGAAAGUUGAAUGAAUGUGGCCAGAUGCUGUUAUCACUUCAGUAGCCAUGACUUUAAUUUCGGCCUUUGAGAAGAUUGACUGUUUUGUAGAGAACAUUCUUCUAUGUGUGUCCACACUCAUAAGUUUGGCCUCAGCAGGAUAGACUUAGAAGCAAAUCCAUGAAUUGUUCUGCUGUUUGUAUUUUGAUUCUAAAAGCUGUUUGUUCACUUGCCAAGGUCUGUUAAUUUCAGGCCUAACUUAAAUGGCUUAAUGAUAAAUUGAACAAAUGUAAAUAUGUUUACAUUUUAAGAAAUAUGCAGCAUAUUACAGAUCAGUUAAUUGACUCCAAGAGGCAAAUACUAGACUAUACCUUUAUUUCUCUCUUUGAUCAAGUAUAAAAUUAUUCUAAAAGAUAAGCUUUAAGAAUUAAAACCUCAGCAAGAUAAUUCACAAAUGUACUUAUUCUUCCAUACUGCAGUUAGCAUUAUGUAGCUAUGUAAGUACAGCUCUACACAUGUACAGCUACAGAUAGAGUUGUAUAAUGAAACUUACCUGGAGACACCUAAAUUAAAGAUUCUUAGUGUUUCAUAUAUAUAGUUGAGUGUUCUGGGUGUAGAGAGAGCAUUUGGGCAACAUACAGAAAAAAAGUAGUACAUAAACUCAUUUAAGAUUUACUGAAAGGUUAUGUUAAAAAAUAUCCUUUCCCUCUUCUCUGUCCUCUGAAAUGACUUCAGUGGAUGCUCUUGGUUAUCCUACCUUUGUUUCUCCCUGUUUGAUUUAAUUGACCCCUUAUGUGGUCUUUUGUUUUAAAUCAGGGAAACAGAACUAGAUCUGCAAGUACACGUGAAUAUUGUAUAUACGGGGAGAUUUUUAGAAAAAGCACCAAAAAGCACUAAGUCUCAUAAAAAUGUCCCAAUAAAACAGAUCUGUCCUUGUUCUCCCCAUCUUCCUUUACACUGAGUAAUGUCCUCUUGCAAGUGUGUACCAAAAUCAAACAGAUUUUCUUCCAUCUAACAUCUUUCCUAAUGCAUUACUUCAAAAUUCUAGUUCUGUCUCAAUUGAUAUGUCUUAUUAACAUCUGGAAAUAAUAUUUUAUUGGGAAACUAUAGCUUGUUAGGCCCUGAGAGUUUUGUGAGAGUUAUUUUGCUGUGUCUCACCACAAUCAUUGAGUCCUUUAUGGCGUGCUUUGCUUACUCCACUUCAGGCAGUCUUUUUGUUGCAUCCUGUUUAUACACAAUUGGUAAAUUGUUUCCUUUCCAUGUGUGCCAUGUGUCGGAGGUUUUGAAGUAUUUAAUAAAAGGUGUGCCAGUGUGAACGUAAGCAGUUGCUCUUACUAACACUGGACUUUGCUUAGAGUGCAGAGAUUCAGAGUACAGGGACCUCCACUGGCAUAAGAGUAGAGUGGAUGAGGGUCUGAAUCAGGACCCAGCUUUGUCAGAGGGUGCAGUGCCAGAACACAGAAGAGCAAUCAACUGGUCUAUUUCAAGAACAGAGUGGGCCUAUCCAAGAGUGAGACCACAUGGGGUUGUCCACACCUCUCUUCUUCCCCAGCUUUCCCUCCCUCUGAUCUUGUCCUUCCUGCCCCAACUUAUCUGGGCUAUUGUCAGUGUUGUUUGUUUAUGCUUAUGGAGAGGAAAACAGAAGUGGGGUUCCUACAUUUUGCCUGAUUGAGCUGCUACCAGCUUGGCUAGCAGCUUUGGCCACAUUAUAUGUGAAGUGGUUUUUCUUUGUGUUCUGAGUGACUUUUGAUUCUGAUUCUUCAUGUUGUUUUGUAUGGAGCAGCACUUUAUCUGUGUUUUAGCAGAACUAUUCCUCUGUAUCCUUUACAGUUUUUCCUUGUUUUUGUUUCCUUUUUUAAAUUAUGCAUAGAGUUUUUGUGUGUGAAAUUAAAGCCUUUAUUAACCUUCUGUAGGUGACUGUUAUUUCUGAAAAGGACACAUUCUUGCAGACACUUUUAAAAGUUAGUUGAUGAAGCUGUGGAAAUCUGUUUGCCUUCUGACCCUACUUCUUUGCAGCACUGCUAGCCCUUAAAGGAAAGGACGUGAAAUGGCAAACCAGUAUAGGGCUGGAGUCACCAUUGGGUUCCCGUUGUUUUCAUCUGAGGAGUCUGUGAGCUUUGCAGAGGCUUCUGGAGCAGCCUGUAAACUUAGCAUGUUGGCCUUAGCUAAGCUCUUCCUUUGCCUUGUUAUUAAGAGUACCAGAGAGGGGGCGCAGUAGUGUUUGCAUUUCGUGUUUACCUUAAUCCUCAAGCCUAAACCCAAUGGAUAUGCUGCGCUCACUGGGCACUGGUUAGUGAGUAUUGUGAAGUCUAAUAGGGUAUCUAGGGCAUUCAGUUCUGCUUCAAAGAAGGGGUCCCUGUAGCUCUUGUGACCUGGGUAAGGCAGUGAGGAAAGUAUAUGUGAAAAGGGAACACCAUUACUUUGGGAAAGAUGUAAAACUAAAAUGCUUCAGCCCACCUGCCAGGGAUAAAAAUGAGUCGUGAUAGAGAAAAACCUGGGGAUGGCUCCUCGGAACUCUACU